AUGUCGCAUUGGCGCUAUGAGCUAUGCAUUACGUAUCCGUAUUAUGCAUCACUCAGCGGCGCCUGCACGUGGGAGGGCUAUGGACUACGCAUUACGUAUCCGUAUUAUGCAUCACUCAGCGGCGCCUGCACGUGGGAGGGCUAUGGACUACGCAUUACGUAUCCGUAUUAUGUAUCAAGCGCCGAAAGCCCGCCGGAGAGGGCUAUGUACUACGCAUUACGUAUCCGCAUUAUCACCGAAAGCCCGCCGGAGAGGGCUAUGUACUACGCAUUACGUAUCCGCAUUAUCGCCGAAAGCCCGCCGGAGAGAGCUAUGUACUACGCAUUACGUAUCCGCAUUAUCGCCGAAAGCCCGCCGGAGAGGGCUAUGUACUACGCAUUACGUAUCCGCAUUAUCGCCGAAAGCCCGCCGGAGAGGGCUAUGUACUACGCAUUACGGCUGCCAUAA